CAACCACGAAUGCGAAGAAGAGGGUCCUCAUGCGGCUGACAUUCUGGCUUUGCCAAUGUGCAAGGCAUCCUUGCAGGCCUGCACAUACAAACUCCGACAGCUCAAUUGCAUAUUAUCCUCGCAAGGCUCUCGAGGCCGUACGGUACUACACCGACGCAUUGGAGCUGACCUGUAGAGUAGUCAGCACCGCAUGUAGUAGUGUACAUACUGCAUUUAAUCAUCCCCGCUAUCCCAACAAAACACCACACCACACAUCUUGCCAUGGCUUCACUGCGAUCUUGGUUUGCCAUACCUCGCGGCUCUCACUUUUCCCUAGCCAACAUUCCAUUUGGCGUCAUUUCGACUGCCUCGUCGACAAAACCAAGAGUUGCAGUUGCCAUUGGAGACCAUGCCCUAGAUCUCGAGGCCUUUGCAGCCGGCAAUGGCUUCUCGGCCCUCUCUGUCAUCCAGCCUCAUCAGGCUGUCUUUUCAGAGCCUUCAUUGAAUGCAUUCGCUGCACUCGGCCGCCCCGUCCAUUCCGUCGUUCGCAAGUACAUACAGAGUGUGUUUUCCAAGGACACCACCUAUCCAGAUGUCCUUCAGAACAACUCUGCUCUUCAAAAGCAGGCUCUGCUACCCCUCAAAGAAGUUCGUGCCCAUCUCCCCUUCAAGAUUGGCGACUACACCGACUUCUUUGCGGGUCUGAACCAUGCCUACAACUGCGGUGUUAUAUUCCGAGGCCCAGAAGAGGCUCUGCAACCAAACUACAAGCAUCUGCCAGUGGGUUAUCAUGGCCGAGCAUCCUCAGUCGUACCCUCGGGAACCCCAAUUCGACGGCCCAACGGCCAAAUAUUGUUGAACCCUACGGCAGAGAAACGGGUACCUACAUUCAGCCCCUGUAGGAAGCUGGAUAUGGAGCUCGAGCUCGGAGCUUUUGUAUGUGGCUCAAACGAGCAAGGGACGCCAAUACCAAUUGAAAAGGCCGAAGAAAAUUUGUUCGGUGUGGUGCUCAUGAACGACUGGUCAGCAAGAGACAUCCAGGCAUGGGAGUACGUGCCGUUAGGACCUUUUAAUGCAAAGAACUUUGGCACAACCAUCAGUACGUGGGUUGUGCUCGCUGAUGCAUUGGAACCAUUCAAGACAAAGGGCCUCGAGAAUGAUACUGAAGUACUACCCUAUCUGAGGGAGAAGAACGACAAGACUGUCUACGAUAUCAAUCUUCAAAUCGAUCUUAAGACAUCAUCUGGCAGCAAAGCUACGGUUUCCAAAGUCAACGGUCGAAACUUACUUUGGUCCUUCCCACAAAUGUUGACACACCACAGCGUCAACGGAUGCCCCUUCCAGCCCGGUGAUUUGCUGGGUUCUGGCACCAUUAGUGGUACCACUCCAGCUGAAUACGGAAGCUUCCUAGAGCAGAGCAACAAUGGCAAAGAUUCUAUCGCGGUUCAAGGAGAGAAGAGAACAUUCCUCGAGGAUGGUGAUGAGGUUACUAUUCGAGGUGUAUGCGGCAACGAUGAAGAAGCUCUUGUUGGGUUUGGCGAAUGCGUGGGCCGCAUUGAACCUGCCUUGAAAUUGGAGUUUGCGUAGGCUCCUCUGGGAAAUCUAGCUUAUGUUCCAGCCAUUGCCUGUCCCUGUCUCCAAUUAAUAGAGCCAUUGCGAGGUCGCGUACAAGGAAACCUUCCGUAUCUAUCUUUCGCUAAAACAUGCUUGAACAGAGCGUAUGUAUGAGCAAGCGAUGUACUGCACCUAAGCAGAGAUGUUAUAAGUCGUCCAUGGUGCGUUAGUCAAGUCAUUGUAUUUCGAGGCAUAUACAGGUUCCCUUCUUGGCAGUUGUCCCAAACAUGAUGUGUCAACCUGCUAAGCAUUAGCCUC